UAUUCUGUUUUAAACGGUGAGCGAAUAAUUUUGUGACCCACUGUACAUAUUUUAUAAAUGAACGGAGACAUAUAUAGGUUAUUUAGCUGAGAAAGAAAUAUUGUUUUUUAACAAUCAAUAAAAGGGAUUAUUCAUUAAAAAUAAGAAGGUUGAAUAAUCAUUUACUACUUUCAGCUUAUAAACAUUACAUCCCGCGAUAUGUAUGUACUAUAUAUAACGAAAAAUGACAUCAAAUAUUUCCUCACCAUCAUCUUCAAAAGAUUCUUCAAUAAAUUCUCAAAAUAAAACUAACGAUGCGGAUGAUUUUAAGGAAAAGACAGAAUCUAACCUUUGUCCUUUCAGAUUAUUAUGGUCCUUUGGAAUAAACUCAGAGGUACCAAUAAUAAACUUAACCACUGAAAACCGAACGAUCAUUGCAUAUGCCUGCUCGCAUGCUGUAAUAAUCUACAAUUACGAAUCGAAGGAUGUGGUUAAUCUUCAAGGUCAUGUAUGUUUCUCUUUCACUCCAUUCUUAUAUACAGGGUGUCCCAGAACUGGGGUAGGAGCCGAAGAGGGAUGA